AUGCCAUCAGCUCUAGUCACAGGCGCUACAGGCCUGCUGGGCCGACAGGUCUACAAAGCCUUCGGCGACGCAGGCUGGCAGACGACAGGCACAGGCUUCAGCCGAGCCUCUGGGGAGAUUCGCAGACUAGACAUCCAAGACGAAGAGGCUGUUCGACAGCUCUUCGAUGAGGUCAAACCUCAAGUCGUCGUCCACAGCGCCGCAGACAGGCAACCCGACUCAUGCACCAAGAACCCCGAAGCCGCGCACCGAAUCAACGUCACCGCAACGGCGAACCUCGCCAAGACAUGUGCCGAGAACAACGUAUUCCUGAUCUACAUUUCCACCGACUACGUCUUCCCCGGCGUGCCGGGCCAAGCGCCGUACAAAGCAACCGACGAGCCCAAGCCCAGCAACGUCUACGGUCAGACGAAACUCGACGGCGAGAAAGCGGUCCUGGCAUAUCCCAACACAGUGGUCAUGCGCGUGCCCGUGCUGUAUGGGCCGACGGAAGAGAAUAAAGAAAGCGCAAUCAAUGUCUUGAUGGACAGUCUGUACGAGUCCCAAAAGAAGCCUGUCAAGAUGGACGACUGGGCUAUCCGGUACCCGACCAACGUUGAGGAUGUGGCGAGGGUGUGUGUCGAUAUUGCGAAAUAUUAUACAAGCGCUACCGCGACCGCAACCGCAGCACAUCAAGGAGGCGGCCAUGACGACGGAAAAGUCACGGCAGACCAGAAGAUGGUGGCGCCGGGCUCGGGGGAACCCCUUCCACGCAUUCUCCAGUUCAGCAGUGAAGACCGUAUGACCAAAUACGAUAUCUGCAAGGUCUUUGGGGAGAUCAUGGGUUUGCCGAUUGAUGGGAUCGUGCCGGAUAAAGAGAGCGGGAAGAAACCGGCGCCGGAUGGGACGUUGAGGCCGUAUGAUUGUCACCUCGACACGAGCGAGUUGAAGAAAUUGGGCAUCGAUGUCACCACGGUCGAUUUUGUCGCCUGGUGGAGGUGGAAGACGGGAGCGUUUCGACACUAG